AUGGAGGUUGCUUCUUGGGAUGCACUGCUGCGUAUCCUUCAGUUUGCUGAAGACGGGACAUGGCGAGCUUUUCCACAUGUCUUCCCAAAGGUGGAUCCUCUUGUGCUACUUCACGCCUUGGUACCUGAAUCUGAACGGAAGAACUUCGCAGUGCGAGUCACCGCCGGGAGUUUCGCGAACGAUGACCGCGAUCAGGUCUACUCGCUCUUCAAGCUUCAAGGCUUUGCGGGUGUGGCUUUGGAGUCUAACCUUGGAGCCCUCCAGGACCUAAGCAGAAGUCUUGCAGCUGCGAACGAAAGCGGGCACGUCUUUGCAGAACUCUGGACGCCGAACCAAAGAGCUGGCCCUCUGUUGCAUUUGCACAACGUGCCUCAGGACUUCGACGUUCUGCAGAUUCACACCCGAGCAACUGAUUUGGAAGUCUUGCGCAAUAUGCUGGAUGCGGCUUACCGGCCCAAGGUGGUCGUGAUCGGAGUGCGGCUGGACAUGCCCCCGCCCUUUGAGUUCGAAGCGGUGCCCGCAGCCGAUGCGGAGCAAGAGUGCACGGAAGCGGAAGGAGCAUUCGGCGCUUCUCUCGCAAGAGCCUGGGCAGAGUUAUCCCGGCGCAGAUACUCCUUGGUGGCACUGGAGCCCUCUCCAGCUGUAUCAUGCGAGGGUCGAAAUGAAGGACAGGCGUGGUUCGUGCACAACGAGGCCCUGCAGGUGGCGAAGCCGCUGGUCUCAUGGCAUGGCAUGGUGAGACUGUUCUGGGCGCAGGUGGAUAUGAAGUGCGCGCACACCCAGCAGCUUUUGGCAGAUAUUCCUCGGUUGUCGGGCAUCCUGGAUGGGUUGGCAGGAUGGAGCCGUGCGGAGAUGUCCUCACAGAUUGCGCAGUUGGCAUCGCGGCCUUCGGUGCGCGCGUACAUCGAAGAGCACCAGGCCGGGUUACUCCACCGGUGUCCAUGGCAAAAGCUUGUCAUGGAAGUGGGCCCUCCGGGCUAUGCGUCGAGCCUUCAAACAUUCCUGGCCAGAGUGCGACGCGAAGGCUUGCCCAACCCGUUCAGCGCGGCAGCUCGCAUUGGGUGUCCGUCACAGUGUGCUACAGUGUCUGAUGCCCUUUGGAAUGAUACCGUGCCCUAUCGUGGCGGCUGGUGGGACAUCGGAGACACAGCGGAUGACUUGGAGAAUGCUUGGAUCCGGCGCUUCGGACCUGUCCGACAAAGGAUCCAUGAAGUUUUUGGCUGCCACGUGCCAGUCUUUGUCAAUUGGUUCGGCUUACUCCACAAGGAUCGUUCAGACUACCAACCUUACAAACGUGCCUGGGCAACUGUGGCCAGAGCUAUACUGUACAACCCGGAGUGCAACUUCGUAGCUCUGUCUAUCCUCGACCGGGGGCCAACCCUGCCACAGGGAUCAAGGAAGGUGAACUAUCUUGACGAGAUGCCGAACCUGAACCUCUUCGGGUCCUCUCAUGGACACAUUCCCAUCCCGCUGGUCAGAAAGGCUAGCUGCUCGAUGCAGCAUCGACCUACUCGGUACUACAUUGCGUGCAUGGGUCAGCACGGCUACGCGCGCUCGGUUGUUUUGGAGGCUCUGCG